CCCAAUAUUAAAACACAUUUCCGAGCAAUCAAAUAAUUGUCUCAACAUAUUUGUUAACAUCUUUCUACUCAUCAAGGAGGACAAUGUUGAAUCUUAGCAUUCUUAUUAUAUUGAUGUUUUCCAAAUUGGAUUGGCUAGUUGAUCAAAUGAUUUAGGGAUAAAAUCUACGUACACGACCCUAUUUGCGACAUCUGCAAUGGCAAAAGAAGUUUUUGACGACAUUCGGGCCAACCUGGAGAGAACCAAGCCGAGACUCGGUUCCAGGAGUAGUAGUGAUUCAAAGGGGUACACAAACACCAAACUCGGGAGGGUCUUGCCACGGUAUCUCUCCCCACCAUUGUCGUCGUGUCACGAAAGCUGCAAGUCCAAAAUCCCCAAAUGCAAUGAAAAUCAACAUGGGACUGCAACAAAGACUAAUAGGAGACAUUCUAUUCCUGCGACAAAACUGCAGAAAACUCCCAUGGAUGAAAACAAGAAACAUAGCACUUCUUCCCGAGUAAACAGACGUGUUUUAGCAUCUGCAGAUAAUCUGAAUAGCACAAAGACAAAGGGGAUGUCACGGGAAAGACAGAAAGGCAUUCCAAGGCAGGCAAAACAAGAUGAAGAAAACAUUCCGGAGAAGACAUUAUAUGUGGUUGAGGAGCACAGAGAGGACUCCACCAACCAUAAACUUUCACCAGCACAGGGGGAGAUUCUAGAAGGACCAUUGCAUAAGGACGAAGCUAGUCCAAGGAAAGUCGUUCAAUACACGUUUGUAGAUGGGGAGGAAGAUUCUGUGAAGCUGUUAUCAGGUGAAAGAAUGGUUGAAAACAGGUCUGAAGUUGCAGAGAAAGACGUCAAGACUUUGAUUGGUGUUUUCGAAAGCGUGAUUGCUCUCCGGGAUGGCACUUCGAUCUUCACCAGUAAUAUUGAGAUGGUCGGAGACAAUUCACAUUCUGUAUAGUACAUACACAAGUACAAGAUGACACUUCUUCAUCAUCAAGCUGUUGUAAAGAAAGGUAUUGUUACAUA